AUGCAUACAGUCGGUAUUUUGCCUGAUGAAGUACCUGUCCCGGCUCUCGGGCAAGUUUGUGGCCGCCCGGCGUACGAGAGCGAGGCGAUCGCCUACACCCUCAACACCUACUCACAGUGCAGGCCCUCCGAUCACGUCCUCCCCCUCGACUGCGGCUCCAGCUGCCACACCCUGGUGAGGAGCGUGCUGAGGCGGUUGGAGGGGCAGGGGGUGGAGCACGAGCACGGCAGUUGCGAGCUCAAGACCCCGGGCAGCCCGCCGGUCCCCACCGAUCUCGGUUCGUACAUCCCCCCGCUCCACCGCAUCCUCAACGCCAACAACAGCAUCUUCGACAGCUGCUACGAGGUGCGGAUGGCCAUGCUCCGACACGCGAUGAGCGCUGGGGCUGGGCCCGCGGACGCGCGUGGAGGGGGGUAA